AUAUUUUUAAAACUGUAAGGCUGCAUGAUGUCGUUUCCGGAAAUACGUCAUCAUUGUGCGACGCGGCGUGUUUUCUCGCGAAGGACGCCAGGGAGACUACUGUCACGAUCUAAAAUGAAUAUAAAGUGCAACUCCUGAAGGAGUGAUGGCGCUGUCUUGUUUGACUCGAGCCCUGCGCUCCCUCACGGUCACCCAGCCUGCUCUGCUGUGCUCUCAGGUGUUACCCUUGAGUGCAUCCGCUGUAGGUCCAUGCCGCAGCUUCCUCACCACAGCCAGUCUGGAACAGAACAGGACCUUUUGGAAGCAGAGGGAGAAGUACACGGUCAGACCAAUUGGGAUGAAGAAGACAGGAGGCAGAGAUCACACAGGUAAAAUACGCACACAUGGUAUCGGAGGGGGCCACAAACAAAAAUAUCGCUGGAUCGAUUUCCAGCGUCUGCGCUAUGAACCAGAAAAAGAAGGGCAACCCUUUGACGAGAAGGUUAUGAAAGUGCGCUACGACCCAUGCAGGUCUGCUGACAUUGCUCUGGUUGCUGGAGGCAACCGCAAAAGAUGGCUUAUUGCUACAGAGAACAUGCAGGAGGGAGACAUCAUUAAAACAUCUGCAGUUAUUGGACGCAUGGCAGUGUCAGCCAAUGAGGGUGAUUCCUAUCCUCUUGGAGCACUUCCUGUGGGAACACUGAUCAAUAACCUGGAGGUACAACCUGGGAAGGGAUCACAAUACAUCCGUGCUGCAGGCACAAGUGGGGUUUUACUCCGUAAAGUCAAUGGAACAGCGAUAGUUCAGCUCCCGUCAAAGCGGCAGGUUCAGGUGUUGGAGACCUGCAUGGUAACGGUGGGUCGGGUAUCCAACGUGGACCACAAUAAAAGGAUCAUCGGCAAAGCGGGGCGCAAUCGCUGGCUCGGCAUUCGUCCGUCGAGCGGCUUGUGGCAGAGGAAAGGAGGCUGGGCGGGACGAAAGAUUAAACCGCUGCCGCCGAUGAAGAGUUACAUCAACCUGCCCUCAGUCUCCUCUAACUGAUCCCGUGUGACUUUGAAUAAAGGAAUGCUCUUUGUACAGAA